AUUAAAAUUUUAAAGAAACCCUAAUCUGCUUCUUUCAUCUUCUCCUAUCUUUCCUUCAUCCCAACCUUUCGCAGCUCUCUCUUUCCGCCCAUUCCAGCCUGAACUCCAACCUUCCUCUCCAAAUUCGAUUUAUGAAUAUGACGUUUUCACCAUAACCUACAACCUUAAGAAAGAGAUCCUCAAGCCCAAGAAAUCAAUCUCACUCAUGGAAAGUGACGCCAUGGCUCCCGCUGUUGAUUCCCUCGUGGAAGCCGUGAAGGUGGAAGAACAUUCGGAGGCAUCGAAGUCUGAUGCACAAUUGGAGAAAGGGUCAUGUCAAUUACCAGAACUUGGAUCAGAAUCAGAGCCUCAGGAAACUCAAUUUCCGUUUCUCAACUUUUCAUAUAUUGAUGAACUUGGCAGCUUAUCGAGUGCGAUUCAUGCAUUCCAGUGCCGAUUGAGCGAAUUGCAGGAUCAUCUAGGUUCCAUUCACAACGCCAUAGAUGCACGUUCGAAACGACUUAUCUCCUCAUCCAACCGUUUGCUGGAUAAUCAUCGACAACUGCUAUCGGUCGGUGAUGGAAAAAUUGCCUUACCUUACAAUUCUUCUUCUACCGUCGCAACCCUAAAAAGUGGACGAAAUCCUGUUUCUUCGAGCACCCAUCUGUUGCGUAGUCCUAGAAACAAUCUCCCUGAAACUAGUAGCGAUUUCGGUAAAAAUGACGGAAAAGAAGCCAUGGAUAAGCAACCAGAAUCCUCCUCUCUCUCCGAGCUUGAGCAUCUCUGCGAAACGAUGUGCAGCCGUGGCCUACGCAAGUACAUAGUUUCUCAUCUCUCGGACCUCGAUAGCCUCCGGCAUGAAAUUCCGCUUGCUCUAAAAUUUGCUCCCAACCCGGCUCAACUCGUGUUCGAUUGCAUUGGCCGCUUUUACCUUCAGGGCAGAAAGGCCUACAGCAAGGAUUCUCCUAUGGUUCAUGCUAGACAAUCCUCCGUCCUCAUCUUAGAACUUUUUCUGAUCUCUGGUUCAGCUGAGACUGAAAAUGACAGAAGAAUAAAAAUUGAGCCCUCCUUGAAGGUGGAAGCUCACCGUGCUGCCAUUGCCUGGAGAAAAAGAAUUGUUAAUGAAAGUGGUUCCUGUAAGGCUAGCGAAAUAGAUGCCAGGGGUUUGCUUCUUUUUCUUGCGUCUUUUGGAAUUCCUACUGUUUUCACAAAUAAUGAUUUAAGGGAUCUCUUGCGAUCGAGUAAUUCAAAGGGAAUAUCGAAUGCCCUUCGCCGUUCGCAUGGUCUUUGUACACGUAUUCCUGACAUUAUAAAGGGGAUGGUGAAGAAGAGUAUGAAUGUUGAAGCUGUUGAUAUUAUUUAUGCUUUUGGUUUGGAGGAUGUAUUUCCACCACAGGAAAUUCUGUUGUCAUUUCUCCAAGAGUGUGAUGAAACGUGGAAAAAAAGAAUAAAUGAAGUACGAGGUUCAACCAUGCAGCUGAGACGAGUGAGUGAAGAGAAAUUGGGUUCUCUGAAAUGUGUUCUCAAAUGUUUGGAAGAUCACAAGUUGGAUCCUGUGAAGUCUCUUCCCGGAUGGGAAAUUCACGAAAUGAUAAAAAACUUGGAGAAUGAUAUUGUGGAACUUGGGAAACGAAUGGAAGAUAAUGCGAGUAUGAAGAGAAAAACAGAUGAAGCUUCCACACAGAAGUAUCCGAGUCAGGAAACAAAGCGAAGUAAAGGAGGAUUUCCUGUUACAUCUUAUCCACCAGUCAAUGGCUUGUUGGAACAAAAUGCAGCAGCUACAUUAUUUGAUGGUGCAGGUGUGGAUCAGUUCGGUAAUUACCAAAUGUCUUCGUCUUUGCAUGGAUCGAGUUUGGUUGAAACUGCAGUUUUACCCGCCGAUAUGGAUAUUAGUAUCUCCAAUGCUGGAAUGGAUAGCAGCAACGAAAUGGGGCAAACUCGGGAGUUAGCUUUCAAAGAUAUGUCAGUAGAGCAAAGCUUUAUUCAACAAGCUAUGCCGACGACACUUACGACAACCCCUACGCCACCGCCACCCGUUGUGUCUCAUUCAGCCGUAGAGGGGGGGUUCGUUGAUCUGUAUCAUUUUGGUGAUGCGGUUGUGUUAGAAAAUGAUGCACCCAAGAGCAGCAGUACUGAAACGAGCACUUUGCCUCACGUUCGACUGUCCAGUCAUCCCCGUCCACCCUACUUCUACAAUUGACCCUUAAUAUCCCUCUGUCUCAUAAUAUAACAGAAACUGCUGCUUCAACUUAUGGAUAGGAUUGUUGAAACACAUUUUCUUGUAUCAGCAGCAGAGAAGGGAUGGAUGUUUGUCUUUUAGAUUUACUAUGUAUUCGCUGAUACAAAGUUCGUUACUCAACUUAUGCAUGUAAACUUUGCAUUUUAGUGAUAUAACACAUCUUAUUUUCUUAAA